AAAAUAAAUCUUUAAAAAAAUGGAUGGAUCAGUCAUCUUUAGGAAUGUUUACUAUAAUAAAUUGAAAAUAAAAGUGUCAUGUGUGCACUUAAAUUCAUCUGUGUCAUUUCCUACUUCUUCAUAAUGGGUACUUUGUUAAAUCCUGCUUGAAAUUUAGACAAGGCAAAUUGAGUAUCUAAGUCUAAAAAAGUGUUGCAAGUUGAAGUUUUAUGUUUGGUCUGAAGUGGGUGAGCUUGCUAGGUUUUGCUCAGUCCUUGUUUCUGUCCCCACACUGCGGCCCUUUCUCUCUGCUUGAAUGGACAGAAUAGUGGUCCCUGUCGGGACGCUUUCCACAGAAGUCUUCUGAGCUACAGUGAGAAUAGAAAACUGCUACUGAGACAUGCUUUAUUUUGGAGUAGUUUACUCUGGUACUGUCAUUGACAGUCAUACAGGAGACGAGUGGAAUAGAUGAGAAAUGCUAGCAUUGGGGAAUCUAAGAAGGCGUAAUUGGUCUUUUGUUGUGUUUCAUUAAGUUUUCAUUUGAGACAUCAGAACCUGUGUUUGAGAACCACUGGAGUAUUGAGUAUUUAGAGUUCACAAAACUGAAUUCUCUGAGUGAAAGACUGUGCAUGUGGAGUACCAUGUUGUAGGUCAGAAUUUCUUGAAUUUACUCUUGACAAGAAAGUCCUUGAGCCUGUAAAAUGAUGAUUGUUGUUAUUGUUACUAAACGAUGUAGAUGGUGGGGACUAGUGGGCUCAAGUGUAUAUUCAACCACCAAGGGCAGAUGUGCUGAAAAUGUUAUGUUUACUGCCAGAACAAUUAUGUUUUCUUGUUGUUUGGAGUAUCUUCCAUGUAGGAUUACAACAUUUGCUGGUUUUUAGGGCUUAUGUUUUAAGAAGCCCAAAGUUCUACAUUCUGUGGGUGUGUAUUGCUGUAUUGUGUGGUAGUAAUUCUACACGUUACUUAUAAUAAAGGGGAAAACUUUGGAGAAAAGAUCUGUGUGUUUAUAGCUCCCAGUUUUACAAUAAGGGAACACUGUUGGGAAUUCUAAAAUAGCUCCACCAGAUCAGUAAUUAAGAUAGUCAACUGUUCCCCAGCCCCUAACAUCCUGUUUCAUCACAAAUAUUUAUCAUUUUUUUCAUCGGUUCUCCACCCACCUUGUGGGCUGUUGUGGUUGCUGACACCCAGCCAAGAGGCUGGGGAAUGCCUGUCCACAAGCAGCCCGGGUGUCUGGUUGGGGUGCUCAGAAGGUCUUGAGUAUUGUAGCAUUGAAACAGAGUAAUCCUAUUCAUUUCGUUGCCAGAUUCAUCAGCAACAUGCUGUUGCUAGUCAUAACGAAAAUAUACAGUUUGUGGUAAGAAAACAAAAAACCCUGAAUUGUACAGUAUUUGAAGAUGUGAUUCUGAGGUGGCCUGAAAGUGCCACAAAAAAAAAAAAAAAAAGAGAGAGAGACAAAGAAUAAUUAUUAUCUAAAGAAAAUGAGUGUUGAAAGAAGCUAGUCUGUUUAAGUAUUGGGCUAGUAGUUUUCAAGAAGUUUGGUUUUCCUGAGAAUUUCAUGUAAUAUAAUUAGCUGCUCACUUAGAAAUAGUGGAUAAAGUACAAAAUACAAUGUGCUAUACGAGACCAAUAGGGUAACAGUUUACAGACACAUGGUGUACUUAUUACAGAUGGGAUGGACAUUUUUGAAGGGUAUUGGCCAAAAAUAUUGCUCGGGGUUAUGAAUUUGUAGGCAGAAAACCACACAGGUGAUGUGUCUGUGUGUUUGUAUUCUGUUUGGGGGAGUAUCCCCUGAACAUGCUUCAUGACGUUUACCUUGAUUUAUUGGUUGGGGUAGAAAUCAACCAGGUUUUUCCGCUGGAAGUGCUGCAUUUCCUUUUCUGGAUUCUGUACUCUCAAAGUCUGUCUACACUUCAGGGCGAGAAAUUUGCAUUUAUUUCCUGAAGGGAAGGGCUGUCUGCAUUUCACUGGUUGAUUGAUUUUAGUGUGAAUUCCUGAGUUUUUUUUCUUUGAGUCAUCCAAUGCUAUCAGUUAAUUUUGCUUUCCAUCAUUUGUUUUCCAAUUAUUUACAUCUUAUUGUGCUGAGCAUACUGGUAUCUGGUGUUACAAUCACCUGUUUGCUUCACUCAUUUUCCAAAUGGAUAGAGUCAGUUUUGCUGCCCUGGCUAAACUUAAGGUCAUUUUCAUAGUCACAUUUUGAUGAUAUUUUGUGGGAGGAGAAAUCAUAAUGCAAAACUUCUUGUCAGCAGAUUGGCGAAUUUACCUGAGAAAUUGAGACUCAAGAUUAUGGGAAUGUGUGGCUAAGACCGAAAGCAGAUUUCCAGGAGCUUUUUAUAAUGUUAAGACUGUGAACUUCCAAAGGUGGAAUCUUUGAAGUUCUAAAAAGAUGAUGAUAAUCAGAUCUACUUGAAGAAUUAACCAAAUUGAUUUGGGUGCAUCACUGCUUUUUGUUUUUUAAUUGAUUCUUUAACAUUCAGCCACUAGGUUCCCAGAAAUUGUGCAUGCGUUCCCGCAGGAGAGCUGGCACCUUGCAACGCAGAGGCGGCCGUGAUGCCCUAUUCUGAUAUGAGGAUAACAGGAAGCGUCAGGACAAUCAUGCCCUUGAGAAUGCUAAACUCUUCAGGUCAUUUUGUGUUAGUGAAGCUGGCAGUUGGACUUUGCUCCAGUUGAUGGGCAGAAUUUCUUGAAGACUAUCCAUCAUCCCAAUUUCAUCUUAGUAGAAAGUAUUCAAAUGCCAUAAGAUACCUUUAUAUAUUUGCACUUAACCUUUGGAUGGACUUUCUGCCAUGGAGAGAACUGUGUUAUAGCCCUGGUCCAAGGACGUCACCAUCUAAUGCCCGCUGCCUAUGGUGUGGCUGUGGAAGUUUCCAAAGAGAAGGAAGGAUCAGCAAGUGUGCAGACACCCUGGAACAUGGAAGCGGCCAAGCUUUAAAAAAGCACAGCUUUGGAGACACUCCAUGCGUCUUCACAGCCUUCCUGUGAACUAGCACUUAAGACCUUGCAUGACAAAAUGGACACUGGGGACACAGCUCUAGGACAAAACGCUACCUCAAGGUCUGGAGAAACUGAUCAAGCAGCAGGUAGAUGGAGACAGGAACCAUCCGCUGUUAUUAAGAUGAGCACUUUCGGCAGUCAGGAAGGACAGCGGCAAACCCAGACUGAUCCUGAGCAACUUGGAAACACAGCGUCAGCACAGCUGUUCGGUUCUGGGAAGCUAGCCUCGCCUGGCGAAGGGGUGCAGCAAGUCCCAGAGAAGCAGUACCCGCCGCCCCACCCGAGUCCUUACGCAUGCCAACAUUCGCUUUCAUUCCCGCAGCACUCAUUGCCACAGGGAGUCCUGCACAGCAGCAAGCCCCAUCAGAGCCUCGAGGGCCCACCGUGGCUGUUCCCCAGCCCUUUGCCAGCCGUCGCCUCCUCCGAGGACUUGUUUCCCUUCCCUCUCCACGGCCACAGCGGUGGUGGUUAUCCUAGAAAAAAGCUUUCCAGUCUAAACCCUGCUUAUAGCCAAUACUCCCAGAAGAGUCUCGACCAGGCAGAAGAUGCUCACAAGAAAGAGCACAAACCCAAAAAACCCGGCAAAUACAUUUGUCCGUAUUGCAGCCGGGCCUGUGCCAAACCAAGUGUACUGAAAAAACACAUCAGGUCCCACACCGGGGAAAGGCCGUACCCGUGUGUCCCUUGCGGUUUUUCUUUUAAGACGAAGAGCAAUUUGUACAAGCACAGAAAGUCGCAUGCCCAUGCAAUUAAGGCGGGGUUAGUACCUUUCACGGAGUCAGCCGUAUCUAAAUUGGACCUAGAGGCGGGUUUUAUUGAUGUAGAAGCAGAGAUACAUUCAGAUGGAGAGCAGAGCACAGACACAGAUGAGGAGAGCUCUCUGUUUGCCGAGGCUUCCGACAAAAUGAGUCCCGGCCCGCCCAUGCCGCUGGAUAUCGCCGGCAGAGGUGGCUUUCACGGGUCCCUGGAAGAAUCGUUGGGAGGGCCGAUGAAGGUGCCGAUUUUGAUUAUCCCCAAAAGUGGGCUGCCCCUUCCGAAUGAGAGUUCUCAGUACCUCGGCUCUGAGAUGCUUCCGAAUCCGUCCCUCAGCACCAAGGCCGAUGACUCUCACACAGUCAAACAGAAGCUUGCACUGAGAUUGUCGGAGAAGAAGGGACACGAUUCCGAGCCUUCUCUCAACUUGCUGAGCCCGCACAGCAAAGGAAGCACUGAUUCCGGUUACUUUUCCCGCUCAGAAAGUGCAGAGCAGCAAAUAAGCCCUCCCAACACCAAUGCAAAGUCUUACGAGGAAAUCAUCUUUGGAAAAUACUGUCGGCUGAGUCCGAGAAAUACCCUCAGUGUUACGCCCGCGAGUCAGGAGCGCGCCAGCCUGGGCAGGAGGGGUCUGACAGAACCAUUACCUCACGUCAACACCAGGUUAGACAUCCAGAUGUUUGAGGACCCCGUCUCACAACUGAUCCCCAGCAAGGGCGAUGUCGACCCGAGCCAAGCCAGCAUGCUGAAAUCCGCAAAAUUCAACAGUGAGUCCAGACAGCCCCAAACGGUUCCGUCGUCUGUCCGGAACGAAGGAAAACUUUACCCGGGACAUUUCCAAGGCAGCAACUCAGCACUCCUCGAAGCUCCUGUCGACGCUUCCCCUCUCAUUAGAAGCAACUCGAUGCCAACCUCUUCCGCAACGAAUUUAAGUGUCCCUCCUUCUUUGAGGGGCAGCCAUUCGUUUGAUGAGAGGAUGGCUGGGUCGGACGACGUGUUCUACCCGGGCACCGUGGGCAUCCCCCCUCAGCGCCUGCUGCGACGGCAAGCAGCCUUCGAGCUGCCUUCGGUCCAGGAGGGGCACUUGGAGGUGGAACAACAACACAGCAGGGCAUCCAAGGGCCUCCCUGGCUCGUCCCUGAAGGAAAAGAAGCUGGCUCCUGGGGAGAGAGUUGGGCACGACUACGAUGUCAGCCGGAGACCCCAUAAGAAGUGGGAAGACUCCGAGACACCCAAGCAGGGCUACCGCGAGAUUUCCAGCAUGGCUUCUCUAAAACACGGUGAAUACUUCAUGGAUCCCGUGGUGCCCCUGCAGGCUGGGCCCACCAUGUUUGGGACUGCGUGUGAAACCAGAAAACGCCGGAAAGAGAAGAGCGUGGGAGACGAGGAGGACACUCCAAUGAUCUGUGGCGGUGUUGUCAGCACUCCUGUGGCCAUGAUGACUUUGGAUUAUGACCCUAAAUUGCACAUGCAGGAAGGAGGGAGGGCUGGGUUUGGCCUGGCUGCCCACGAGAACCCUUGUCAUGGUCACCCUGAACGUUUUGACCCCAGUCGGCCUCCGCUGCAAUCUGGAAGCUUCUCUCUUGGCUCAGAGGAGUCACCGUCAGCCACAGAUUCAGACAAGACGUCAGAUCUAGGGGGCAGGAAACCCCCCGGGAAUGUGAUUUCUGUCAUCCAACACACAAAUUCCCUGAGCCGGCCCAAUUCGUUCGAAAGGUCUGAGUCCACAGAGCUGGCGGUUGGCACACAAGACAAAGUCCCUUCACCUGAAACGGGUGACAGCGAGGUUUCCGAAGCUCCCGUGAGCCCCGAGUGGGCUGCAGCCAGGGACAGUCUGGACAGUGGGGGCAAGCCUUCCCCAGCCCCGCAGGUGCCGCAGACCUUCCAUACGCAGCAGCCUCGGCUGGUUCGCCAGCACAACAUCCAGGUGCCAGAGAUUCGAGUGACCGAGGAACCGGAUAAACCAGAGAAGGAGAAAGAAGCGCAGAGUAAAGAGCCAGAGAAGCCGGUGGAGGAGUUCCAAUGGCCCCAGAGGAGCGAGACCCUCUCCCAGCUCCCCGCGGAGAAGCUGCCGCCCAAGAAGAAGCGUCUGCGUCUUGCAGACAUGGAGCACUCCUCCGGGGAGUCGAGCUUCGAAUCCACAGGCACAGGCCUUUCCCGCAGCCCCAGUCAAGAAAGCAACCUGUCCCACAGCUCUAGUUUCUCCAUGUCCUUCGAGAGAGAAGAAGCCAUGAAGCUCACGGCGCCUCCCAAGCAGGAAGAGUUUGGAAAGCAUUCGGAGUUUCUGACUGUCCCUGCCGGUUCCUACUCUCUGUCUGUCCCAGGCCAUCAUCACCAGAAGGAAAUGCGGCGCUGCUCCUCAGAACAGAUGCCCUGUCCUCACCCAGCCGAGGUUCCAGAAAUUCGCAGCAAAUCCUUCGAUUACGGAAACCUGUCCCAUGCUCCUGGGGUAGGGGCGCCGGCCUCCUCCGCGUUGUCACCAUCCCGCGAGAGGAAGAAAUGUUUUCUGGUGCGGCAAGCCUCCUUCAGCGGUUCCCCUGAAAUCGCCCAGGGUGAAGGCAGUGUGGAUCCCAGCGUCAAGCAGGAGCAGCUGGAGCAGCUGCAGGCUGGCCUCAGGGCCGCCUGGCACCAUGGCCCGUCCUCAGGGCUGCCUCCUCCCCUGCCAGGGGAUGACCCCGGGAAGCAGGGGGUGGUUCCUUGUGCCCAGUUGAGCUCCGGACCACUCCAUCUGGCCCAGCAGCAGAUCAUGAGCCUGGACAGUCAGGAAUCUUUGAGAAAUUCUUUGUUACAACCAACGUCCUAUAUGACAAGCAAGCACUUAGCCGAGCAGCCCCACUUGUUUCCUCAUCAAGAGACAAUUCCGUUUUCUCCCCUCCAGAAUGCUUUGUUUCAGUUUCAGUAUCCUACUGUGUGUAUGGUUCGUUUACCGGCUCAGCAGCCUCCCUGGUGGCAGGCACAUUUCCCACCUCCUUUUGCUCCACACCCUCAGAAGAGCUACAGCAAGCCCUCCUUCCAGGCAGAAAUCCAUUCUAGUUAUCCCUUAGAGCACGUUGCUGAGCUCGCGGGCAAGAAAACCGCUGAGUAUGCACCCACGAAAGAGCAAAACUAUCCGUGUUAUUCAGGCACAUCAGGGCUAUUCUCAAAGAACUUUCCUCCUAAAUUUCCAGCGGACCAGUGCAGUAAGUCAAGUGAAACUCCUUCCGAACAGAUUCUUCAAGAAGAUUUUGCCUCACCAGAUGCUGGACCUUUGCAAUCGUUACCGGGAACGGUGGUUCCUGUUCGGAUCCAGACACACGUCCCCUCCUAUGGAAGUGUCAUGUACACAAGCAUUUCUCAGAUACUUGGGCAGAACAGCCCUACCAUUGUCAUAUGCAAGGUCGAUGAAAAUAUGACCCAGAGGACACUGGUGACCAACGCAGCCAUGCAGGGAAUUGGUUUUAACAUUGCCCAGGUACUAGGGCAGCAUGCAAGCUUGGAAAAAUACCCUCUCUGGAAAGUACCGCAGACCUUACCUCUUGGCUUGGAGUCCUCCAUCCCGUUCUGUUUACCUUCCACUUCUGAGAGUGCUGCCAGUCUUGGAGGUAGCAAACGAAUGCUUUCUCCUGCAAGCAGCUUGGAGCUCUUCAUGGAAACCAAGCAGCAGAAACGGGUCAAAGAAGAGAAGAUGUAUGGACAGAUUGUAGAAGAGCUCAGUGCCGUGGAGCUAACCAACUCAGACAUCAAAAAGGACCUCUCCCGCCCCCAGAAACCCCAGCUGGUUCGCCAAGGAUGUGCAUCUGAGCCAAAGGAUGGGCUGCAGUCGGGGUCUUCUUCCUUCUCCUCUCUGUCGCCCUCCUCAUCUCAAGACUAUCCAGCCGUCAGUGGGUCCACCAGGGAGCCUUUCCCACCCAGCAGGGAGAUGCUUCCCAGUUCCAGGACAGCCCCUCCAGGGCGUAAAUCCAGUGGGCCUUCAGAUAGCAGAGAGUCCUCCGAUGAGUUAGACGUCGAUGAGACCGCAUCGGACAUGAGCAUGAGCCCUCAGAGCUUGACCUUGCCUGUGGGAGACAGUCAGCAGGAAGAGGAGGGCAAGAGCCACAAGGUGCCAUUUGGCAUGCUGGUCCGCAUGGCCUCUGGCCCCAGUGGCAACGUGGCAAACUCGACUCUUCUUUUCACAGACGUGGCAGAUUUCCAGCAGAUUCUUCAGUUCCCCAGUCUGCGGACAACAACUACUGUGAGCUGGUGCUUCUUGAAUUAUACAAAACCCAAUUUUGUGCAACAGGCCACCUUCCAAUCCUCGGUUUAUGCUUCAUGGUGCAUUAGUUCCUGUAACCCAAACCCAUCAGGAUUGAACACCAAGACCACGCUGGCUCUUCUGCGGUCCAAGCAAAAAAUCACCACAGAAAUUUAUACCCUGGCUGCUAUGCAUCGGCCAGGCACGGGGAAGCUGACUUCCUCAAGUGCUUGGAAGCAAUUUGCUCAGAUGAAACCUGAAACAACCUUUUUAUUUGGCAGCAAACUAGAAAGGAAACUAGUAGGAGGUAUCUUAAAGGAAAGAGGGAAAGGAGAUAUGCAUGGAGAUAAAGAUAUUGGAUCCAAACAAACUGAGCCAAUCCGAAUUAAAAUCUUUGAAGGAGGGUAUAAAUCAAAUGAAGAUUAUGUAUAUGUCAGAGGACGUGGACGUGGAAAGUACAUUUGUGAAGAAUGCGGGAUUCGCUGUAAAAAGCCAAGCAUGCUCAAAAAGCAUAUCCGCACUCACACUGAUGUUCGGCCUUACGUAUGCAAGUUAUGUAACUUUGCCUUCAAAACGAAAGGAAACCUAACAAAGCAUAUGAAAUCUAAAGCACACAUGAAAAAAUGCCUGGAAUUAGGAGUCUCAAUGACAUCUGUGGAGGAUACCGAAACUGAGGAAGCAGAAAAUAUGGAAGAUUUGCACAAGGCAGCUGAGAAGCAUAGCAUGUCCAGCAUUUCAACCGACCACCAGUUCUCAGAUGCUGAGGAGUCAGACGGUGAGGAUGGAGAUGAUAAUGAUGAUGACGAUGAAGAUGAUGAUGACUUUGAUGACCAGGGAGAUCUGACACCAAAAACGAGAUCAAGAAGCACUAGUCCUCAGCCUCCAAGAUUCUCCUCCUUGCCUGUGAACGUUGGUGCCAUGGCCCAUGGGGUUCCUUCGGAUAGUUCCCUGGGACAUUCUUCAUUGAUCAGUUACUUGGUAACUUUGCCAAGUAUUCAGGUUACUCAACUUAUGACCCCCAGUGACUCAAUUGAAGAUACUCAGAUGACAGAAUACCAGAGGCUGUUUCAGAGCAAAAGCACAGACUCGGAACCAGACAAAGACAGGUUAGAUAUCCCUAGUGGUAUGGAUGAGGAGGGCAUGUUGUCUUCAGAGCCAAGCUCAUCUCCGAGGGACUUCUCGCCCUCAAGCCGCCAUUCCUCACCAGGCUAUGACUCUUCUCCCUGCCGAGAUAAUUCACCAAAGAGGUAUCUGAUACCCAAAGGAGACUUAUCACCCAGGAGACAUUUAUCCCCGAGGAGAGAUCUGUCACCCAUGAGACAUCUGUCACCAAGAAAGGAAGCUGCAUUGAGAAGAGAGAUGUCCCAAAGAGACAUGUCACCCAGAAGACAUUUGUCCCCAAGGAGACCCGUGUCUCCUGGGAAAGACAUCGCGGCAAGAAGAGACGUGUCCCCUAGACGAGAGAGAAGAUACCUGAGCACCAUUAGAGCACCAUCUCCCAGAAGGGCUUUAUACCAUAACCCACCAUUGUCCGUGGGGCAGUAUUUGCAAGCAGAGCCAAUUAUACUGGGGCCUCCUGAUUUACGAAGAGGAUUACCUCAGGUUCCUUACUUCAGUCUCUAUGGAGACCAAGAAGGUGCUUACGAACAUCAAGGCUCUAGCCUUUUCCCCGAGGCUCCUAAUGACUAUGUCUUCAGUCAUCUUCCACUUCACUCUCAGCAACAAGUACGAGCUCCUAUCCCCAUGGUGCCAGUUGGUGGGAUCCAAAUGGUUCACUCCGUGCCGCCGGCCCUUUCUGGUUUACAUCCUCCACCCACAUUGCCUCUGCCCAUGGAGGGCUCUGAGGGAAAGAAAGGAGCUCCGGGCGAGUCCUUCGCGAAGGAUCCCUACAUGCUUUCCAAACGGCAUGAGAAACGAGCCGCUCAGGCACUGCAGCCGUCUGGUCUACCUAGCACUCCGUCUUCUCCUCGGCUACUGAUGAAACAGAGCACUUCGGAAGACAGCCUGAAUGCCACCGAGCGGGAGCAGGAGGAGAAUAUACAGACUUGUACAAAAGCCAUCGCCUCUCUCCGGAUUGCCACAGAAGAGGCAGCUCUGCUUGGGGCCGAGCAGCCAGCACGAGGGCAGGAGCCCCUCCAGAAACCCUCGGAGAGCGCACACGUUAGCAUUAGACACUUUAGCGGACCUGAGUCAGGUCAGCCCUGUACCUCAGCUCCCCACCCCGACUUGCAUGCUGGUGAAAAGGAUUCUUUUGGGACAUCGCAGACUGCGUUAGCUCACUCCACGUCUUACAGCAAGACUUGUGUGGGCGAGAAACGGUCAGACUCCCUCAGCAGCAAGGGGUUGUCUUCAAGCACAGAGGGCGAAGAACCGUGUUCAGAGAAAACUCCGCUCCAUUGAUCUAACAUGCAUGGAAACUUUCACUUCCACCUUUUCCCAUUUUGUUUUUGUUUUUGUUUUGUUUUUUUGUUUUUCUAGAAAUAGAGGUAAUCAACUUUAUAGCAUGCCUGUCCUAAGUUACAGUAGUUUGCUAUUAUAUAUACUUUUGUUAUAUCAAAAGAAUUAGGUAAAUUAACAAGUCAUCAUGAGCCUGACCAAAACAAAAUUUGAAAUUAACCUAUUGGGUCUGGUACUUUUAAAAUUGUACAGAUGUCUGUGCCUUUUCUUUACUUUGCUUAUAUUCUUAUAAGCAUUUUUUAGCAGUAAUUUGUACAUAUUUUAGAAUUUGUGUAUCUGCUUUGUAAUAAAUGUAAUUUCUUUCCUUUUUUGGACACUUGGAUCUAAAUGAUGUAAAGCAAAACAGCAUCAAUAUAUAUGUGAGGUUGCACUAAAACAUAUUUUUAUAUGAUUAAAACUGAACAGCUUUUAUGUACAGCUCUGAUUCUGUAAUACUAAUAUUUAUUUACUUUGUUUCAUAAAUUGUACAUUUUUUCUUAAUGUUGUGGAUUGCUUUCCUAUGUGAAGCAUGGGAUUUACUGUUGCGUAGCUAGAACAAAAAAUGUACAUGGUAAACAAGAUAUUUAAACUAGAGUAUCUUAUUCUGCACUUACGCAUUAGUUUAAAAAAAAAAAGACAAAGGGUGUAUCAGUCAGUUCUUAACUCUUGUAAAUUUUUUGUCUCUUGUUUGCUGGAUUGACCAUAACUUAAGUGCUGGUUGUGUUUUUAAACUGAUAGUACCGUAAAGCAUUAAAGUAAACGAUGUGCUAUUGUGAGUUUUUUCAAAGCUUUAUAAAUCAGUUAUAAAUAAUAUUAAAAAAAAAAGUAUUUGGUCUUAUGUGAACAUGUGGAUCUAUAUACUCAUCUAAAACUAUGGGAAAACAUUCCGCCCCGUGUAAAUAUGUACAAGUGCAUCACUGGUACAAUUUUAUGUAACUCAGUUGGACAGGAGGUUGCCACAGACCUAUGCUAGGGUGUCUUUAAAAAUUAAAGUGACGGAGCACAUGGGACUGUGUAGAGCUUGGUUAUCGGCCGGCCCGGUGGCUUGGCAGGCAGUGCAGGGCGCUGCCAAUAGAGGUGACUUGGGCUUAGAAGGUUCUUUGGUUUUUUUUGUUUGCACAAGACGGUUACUGGACCGGAAGCUCCACAGAGGGGUCGCACAUCGACUUGGAGGGGUGGGUAUGGAAGCAGGGAAGGGUGCUGGAGAUCUGCUACCCUCUCUUCCCAUCAGCCCACCUGUGUGGUAAGAGGGUGAACACCAGUGCUGGGUGAGUCACCCUCCCCUUGUGUUGGAGGGAAGUGUGUCUUGCUCCUGGCUGUCUCAGGGGGAACAGGGAAAGAGGCUUUGCGGGGAGAAAAACUCCUGGGAGGACAGUGUUGUUUGCAUGUAACACUCCAAAUGGCUGGUGGUCAGGGUGAGCAGGGGAAGAGCCUUUGCGGGUCUAGAAGUGCAAAGAGAGCACAGGGGGUAAAACAACAUGUGCACACACAUGCGCACACACACAAUCUGGGUUAUCUUUGUGCUAUAUAGUGGAUUAUAAUUCUGUGAAACCAAGUUUGUAUAUUGAAUUACAUUAAGGAGUGUUCUUUAAAAAGAGAAAUAAAUAUACAAUUACAUGCUU